GUUGGAAAGGAGUUCACUUCUGGAUUGGACUUGGAGCGCGUAGACUACAAAAUUCCGGAUAUCAUCCCUGCUGCUGCUGAUGGCUUGCUUUCCGAAUGUCCUACAUACCGUGAAAUGGUAAAUAAUGCCUUCGUAUUUGUUCAUCAAACUCUACAUCAAGCAAACAGGCGGCUUCAAAAGAGGGGUGGUCGUACGAUGUCAAUCACUCCCCGACAUUUCCUCGACUUCAUCGCGCAUUACGACUCAUUAAUAAAAGAGAAACGAACGGACUUAGAAGAGCAGCAAUUGCAUCUAAACAUUGGUCUUCAGAAGAUCAAGGAAACUGUUGAACAAGUAGAGGUGAUGCAAAAAUCCCUUCGUGUUAAACGGCAGGAACUUGAAGUCAUGAAUGAGGCUGCUAAUGCCAAACUAAAGCAAAUGGUCCAGGACCAGCAAGAGGCCGAACAGAAGAAGACUCACAGUCAACAAUUGCAGGAUGAACUGGCCAAACAAGAUGUCUUUAUUCGAGAGAAACGCAGCCUUGUUAUGGACGAACUGAGCCAAGUAGAGCCCGCUGUAGAAGAGGCCAAGCACGCUGUGAAUGAUAUCAAACGGGCGCAACUCGUUGAAAUCCGCUCCUUGGGCAACCCACCUGCCAUCGUGAAACUGGUACUUGAAUCCAUCUUCACUAUGCUCGGCGAGGCAGAGCUUGACUGGAAAUCGAUGCGAUCAUACCUGUUUCGAGACAACUUCAUUCCCUCUAUCGGUAUUCGUAAAAAAGAUAUUCAGGAAAUCAGAGCAAUGAAAAACCCUCCGCCAGCUGUGAAGAUGGCUUUAGAGGCUAUCUGCUUGCUGCUUGGAGAGAGGACCACCGACUGGAGACAAAUUUUGGCUUUGAUUGUGAAGGAUACAUUCGUUCCAAGCAUUAUUAAUUUCAAUACUGAUGAUAUCAGGUUAGAUACUUGA